AUGACCACUGUGCCGACACCCUACGUCCAGCACCACUCUCCACGCCAGCGCCGCUACUCUCCGCCUGCGCCCCCGUGCCUCCCACCGGGCCACUUCGCUAGCGCCGCCCGCUGCAGCACUAGCCGUCGAGCGCGGCGCUCGCCGCCGACUUCUCACGCGGCCGCGUCGUCGACCCACGUCCCCACCGGCUGGGGUUCAACGGGAGAAGGAACCGAUGGACGCGCUCAUGGCGAGCUACGCGUCCGACACCGACUCUGACGGCGGCGAGUCUGCUUCCGUCUCUGGAGGCGCCCCGGAGGUCCCGGAACCUUCGGCCUUGCUCCCACCUCCUCCCCUCGACCUCCUCCAGCCCCCCAACUUCGUAGAUUACUCGGCGAUGGCGCAGGGGGGUCGCGUCCGGAGCUUCCCCCAUGUGGAAGGCAACUAUGCUGUACAUGUUUAUAUCCCUGUCGUCAUACCUUCUGAUGCAAGGAAACAACUGGCUCUUUCUAUGAAAAGAGCUGCAUCUCUUGUGCCGGAUCUCUAUGCCGUUGAUGCAGACUAUGCGCUUUCUGAAUUGUGCAAAGAUGAACAGAAGCUUGAGAAAGUGCUUCUGAGCAGGGAGUUUCAUGUAAGCUUGGGAAGACCUGUUGCAGUUCAGGUGCAUCAGAUUGACUCAUUUAUUGCAAUGCUUCGCCAGAAGUUCCAGCCACAACAACAGUACUGGAUGGAGUUCAAUAAAUGGGAGCACUUUGUCAAUGAUGAUUGUACACGGUCAUUUGUUUCACUAGAAGUUACAAGAACUGGUUUGCCAGAGAUAACGAGGCAGAUACUUAUGGUAGAUGAAGUGUAUCGAUUGCAUGGUCUUCCUGAAUUUUACACGAAUCCACGGCCACAUAUAUCGUUGGUGUGGGCAUUGGGUGAUGUCAGCGGCAAACUAAAGCAGGCACUAAAGGACAUUGAAAAAUAUCAGAGCAGUAUGAGCUCAUUGCAAAAAUGUAAUGUUCGAUGCAAGUUCAGUCGUGUAGUUUGUAAAGUAGGCAAGAAGGUGCAUGAUAUCUGUAAAGUUGCAGAUUGAAACACACAUGAAUUACGCUCGAUAAGCUUCGAGGUA